GCCACUCCGCUCACAUCAGAGCACCCGGGGAUUCCCUCCCCCACUAGAAGAAAGAAAAGAGUACCAGGUGGGCGGGCCAUCUGGCGUGAGAAAACUAACGCGCACAGGUUCGCGGUCUCUCUCGGCUGCCCCCUCGCUUCCUCCUCCUCUUCCUGUCCUCGUGAUCGUCCCCCCAUUCUCUCCAGCUCCGGAUAAGCGCCAGCGGUCGGGGGUAUGUGCCGCCGCCUCCCUCCGCCCCAUCCGCGUCUCGAGCACCGAGGUGGAUCUGAGCAGUUUCUUGCAGGCACGGCGAGCUAGCAGCUAGCACCUCCGUCUGCCCGCUCGACGUUCGGUGGCCGUGUCCACCUCCACUCCGCCGCACCGCUCAAUAGCGGCUCUCGUCCACCUGCGCCGCCGCUGGUCCCCCUCGAAAGCUCGCCGCCGCCGGCGUCAACAGUCAUCACCACCCGUCAGGCCCGCGGGCAGAGGCUGCCGGAAAAGGAACAGAGCAAGUGGGUCGCGCUUUGCUUUGCGGGAUUCUCCGGAACACUCCCAAGCAGGUGCUUUAAAGAUGCAGUCAUCUAUGAUGGCACUCUUCCCUAACAUUGCUACAGCAAAGCUGGAGCUGCAUUCCCUGUACAGGAAAUAUGUAGAUAUGUUUGGUACAUCAUCAAACAAUUCUACGGUUGGCGGCCACAUCACCCGCAACAUGUCGCACCUUCCUGUUCUGCUGAUAGACCGUACCUUUUUCAGUACUGGUACCGCAAUUCGGAGUAUUGCCAUCAGCUAUGGAGCUCUUAUUCUAAGGUGGUUACUAAGCAAAACUUCUGUUGUACAGCGCACAUUGAUUUCUCGUGCUAUAAGAUCACUAUCGUGUUGGUGUGGCUCUUUGCCAUUCUUUGUCGGCAUUGAUGUUCUGAUGGCCAGGCUCUGUGAUUGCACUAUGAUCCACAACCAUCUUUAUGGCCGGCAAUUCAUCCUUGGAAAUAAUCCUAACCUCCAGGGAGAAUCAGCAAUUACCAUGGAGAAUAAUGAGUUGUGCAAUGAACAGCCCUCCUUGUCAAGUUUAUUCGGGCACAAGGAAGACUAUGUCCGCCUAGCACUUCAAUUUAUAUGCUACCCUGCAAGUCUGAAGGUUGUAGACGUAACAGAAAAGAAGCUCAGCUUUAACAGGCAGCGCCUACGGAAUGGUUACUACGCAAGUGCAUUUUGGAGGAUCAUGGCGAGGAAUGAGCAAUACUUGGCAUACAUGAUGGUGCUGGUGGCGUUGCAACUCUUCCUGCGGAUAACCAGAGUGAAUGUUACCACUCUGUUCUUGCCGAUGCUGUCCCGAGCCACAAGUUCCAGGAGCAGCCCAGCAGUGAUUGGUAACAUUGUGCUGGUUUUGGUGAACUCCUGUGGCGUUCUUGGAUCUGCCCUUGCAACAAAACAGUAUGGCAGGGAGGUGACGUUCACCAUGGGUGCUGUUCUGAUGGUAUUUUGCCAGGUGGCAAUCCCAUUGAUCCUGGAGGUUCAGAUCGGAGUAGGCGGUGGAACUCGCAUGCCGACGGGUUACACGACGGCCAUGUUCGCACUGACUUGUGUUGUCUCCUGCGGCCUCAGCUGGUCGUGGGGUUCAUUCUUCUGGGCCAUCCCUGGUAGGAAGGUUCACCCGGCUGGACAGGUUUUAACCAUGGUUCUGAACUUUGGCGUCUGCUUCGCCCAGAUGCAAUACUUCCUGCUGAUGCUGUGCAGGCUGAAGAACGCUAUCCUUGCAUACUAUGCAAUGUGGAUCUGGUCAUGAUCUAAUGAUUGAAGAUAAGCUUAGAAAGAUGGCUACAUGAGUGUGUGUGUUUUAACACAGGCUAUUUGAGAAGGUAGUUUGGUGGAUGUAAAUAUGAUGUUUUGGCUUUCUUUUUCUCGGCCUGCUCUGUACAGUUUUCUCGUUUUGGUGCUAUUUCUGUUGGAUUCGCGCGUAUUGUAACUGCUGGUGAAGGUUCCACCUUAUGUUAGUUGCUGUUCUACAAUCCUGAAGUAAGAUGCUCAGCGAAGCAGUUCUGGAU